UCUCUCUCUCGCUCUUUCAUCUUCAAGCUUUGUCCCUUUGGAUUUUGGAACAGAGCAGAAAGCAAAACCCUAAAGACCGCCAUGGAUUUACAGCCGAGCGACUUCGAUCGGAUGAUCUUCUUCGAGCACGCCCGUAAGGCCUCCGAGGAUACUUACGCUAAGAACCCUACCGAUAUUGAUAACUUGACAAGGUGGGCUGGAGCUCUCUUGGAGUUGUCUCAGUUUCAGAGUGUGGAAGAGUGCAAAUAUAUGAUCCAAGAUGCGAUUUCUAAGCUGGAGGAGGUACUGAAGAUUAACCCUAAGAAACAUGAUGCUCUGUGGUGCCUGGGAAAUGCACAUACUUCUAAUGCGUUUUUGACUCCGGACGCCGAAGAGGCGAAGGUGCAUUUUGAUGUUGCUGCCGAGUACUUCAAGAAAGCUGUUGCUGAGGAACCGGGAAAUGAGCUCUAUCAGAAAUCUUUGGAAGUGUCUGCUAAGGCCCCAAAAUUGCAUGUGCAAAUGAAUAAGCCUGGUUUUGGUCAGCAGAUGAUGGGAACAGCUGGAGGGCCUUCUACUUCGUCUAGUACAAAGGCUGCAAAGAAAAAGAAGAACAACGAUGUCAUAUAUGACGUAUUUGGUUGGGUAAUCCUUGCUGCCGGACUUGUUGCAUGGUUAGGAUUUGGGAAAUCCCAUGUACCUCCCCCACCUCAGCUGUGAGCAUAGCAUGUGGAAUUGAUUCAUGUGUCACCAAACAUGUAACUUUCACCUAGGAAAUAUUUGGCAAUGUAAACUUUUAGAUCAUAUCAUCGACUUUUCUCUAGCAAAGUAUAUUGAAGAUUGGGCAGCUUGGUUUCCGGA